AUGUGUAUACUUCUAGCAUCAAGAGAUCAUCCUAAUUAUGAUCUAAUAUUGAUUUCCAAUAGGGAUGAGUUUUUACAAAGGAGAACUCAUGAAACAUGUUGGAAUCAAGGUGAAUAUGCAAGAAUUCUUUGUCCUUAUGAUAUGUCUAAGAGUAAUGAAAAAAAUGUUAAUAAAAUUGGUACUUGGUGUGGGAUAAAUGAGUUUGGUCGAGUUUCAACAAUAUUAAAUUUGAAAAAUGACGAUAGCUUUCAGAGUUCAGUACCAAGCACAAAAAAAUCUAGAGGUGCAUUACCUAUAAAAUUUUUAGAUAAUAAAGAAACUGAUAGUCUCCUUAACUGGGAUUCAUAUGAAAAGUUUGUUAAAGAAUAUCCUUUCGUUAAAGAGACUGGUGAUUUUAAUUUCUUUUAUGGCGAUGUCAGAAUUGGUAAAUAUAAUGUCAUCGAUUCAAUUGGUAGCACAAAUGAGGUAUUGACUGUAGAUAAUCCAUAUCUAGUAAUUUCUAAUGAUAAAUUCGGAAAAUCUAAUGGUAAAAGUACAAAAGAAUGGGAGAAGAUAACUUUAGCUAAAAAUUUAUUGAAGCAUCUGCCAUUAUGCGAAACUGAGGAUGAUUUAAUACAUAAAUGUUUCGAUAUCGCAUCUACUAAUACUUUGAAUGAAGACUUGAUUAAAGAUGUUGAUGUCAGAGAAUUGAUGACUGAAACUAUACUUGUGCCACCAUUAAACGUAAUGACUAAAGAAGAAAAGGAAAAAAUUGGAGCGUCAUUACCAAUUGGUCAAUAUUAUGGUACAAGAUCACAAAUCGUGAUAUUAGUAAAUAAAAACCGUACAAAGGUUAAAUUCAUUGAAAGAAUUUUAUAUAAUAGUGAUGAUGAUGUCACAACACAGAAAUUAUCAAGUCCAAUACAGGACUUGACAUAUAAUUUUACGAUAUAA